AUGGCAGACAGAAGUGCUGGCUGCUUCAAAAAAGUAGAACGAAAGAGAGGGCCUUGGACUUUUGAGGAGGAUAUUCGACUCAUUUCUUACAUCACCUUCAAUGGUGAAGGGCGUUGGGAAUUUUUAGCCAAAGCAUCAGGGCUCAACAGGAGUGGUAGGAGCUGCAGGCUGAGAUGGGUCAACUACCUCAGUCCUGAUCUCAAUCACACCAGCAUCACUGCGGAGGAAGAACGUUUGAUCAUUGAUCUCCAUGCUCGAUGGGGAAACAGGUGGUCUCGGAUUGCAGAGAGUUUACCAGGCAGGACAGACAACGGAAUCAAGAAUUAUUGGAAAACCCAUCUCAAGAAAAAAAUUCAACGACAAGAAAAUGGCGAGAGCAAAGCACAUUGUGAGAGUUCAACUCGUUCUUCUGAGGCUCCAAUCGGCCUCGAAAGAGUUGAGAAGGCCGAGGAACAUACUGCAAUUAGUUCGUUUCGAGCAAAUGCAAUUGCAUAUAAGAAUAAUGAAUUUGAAUCUGAAGUCCAAAAUCCAAUCACACCAGCUUUGGCCAACAAAGAAAAUUCAACCGAUUUUCAAUGGAAGAGAACUGAGAAGGCUAAAGAACCAUGUAUGGUCCACAUUACAGAAGCACAACAACAUACCGAAAUUAGUUCGUUUAAUAGAAAUCCAAUUUCAUAUAUGAUUAACGAGUAUGAAUCUCAAGCCCAAAAUUCUUCUACUCUGGAAGGAUAUUCAACCGAUUUAGAUUACAACCUCUCAGGGGAGUUUCUCAGCUCUGAAUUGUAUAGAAAUAGCAAAGUGGGUUAUUCUUUACAUAACAAUCCUUCACCAGAGGCCUUGUCCAAUAAAGAGUUUUACUCUGAUGAAUUAUGGAACCAUAAUUCAUCAGAAUAA